AUGCACUUGUCCACCAUGAACAACCGCAGUCGUGUGGUGAUUAGCAGUCGGAUUGCUCUUAUCGUGUACCUGGCUCACAUCGGUAGUUUUGUUCCAGCCGAAGCAGCUGUGUUGGGACCGACUGACGCAAUUUAUACAUUGACGAGUUCCGGAACAAGUAGCACCGGACGCUCAGCACUUCAAGACGGUUUCAAUCUAGCUUCUAUGGCUAUUCGGAACGUGACCAAACAGACCCUGAUCCUGUUCGAUGAGUUUGCGCAAUCCAUGGACCAGGUAACGGCGAUCACUGUUGCCAUCGUGGAGCACCUGUUAGAAGAAAACGAAUGUCCGCAUGUAAUUAUUUGCACACACAAUUUUGAAAUCCUGGAUUUAUUGCAGGAACGCCAUGAGGUUCAGUUUGUGGUGAGUGAUUAUUAG